AUGUACCGAUAUGAAAUCUCCUGCCCCUUCAACCUAAGGAGUCCGGCAGUACCCGUCUCAUCAAAAGCCAGCAGUACCUCUUUCAUCAAAACAAAGGCCCUCAGAAUAAGCGAAGUAAACCGUGAGUUAAGCGUCCCUCGCGUUUACCGUGAGAAGAGUUUCACGCGGCGGCUAAACGCACCUAUUUUUGGCAGCCUAUUCGUAGACAAAGAAAGCCGAUUCGCUAAUCCUUAUUCCUUUACUUUGAAUCAAGGUCUUACCCGAGGAAGAGGGAAGCAAGCAAAGCUUGCCCCGGAUCGUAGGGGAAAGAGUGUUGUAACCGAAGUAGACUACCGAACGGGUGUGGGGGAGAAUAUCGUCAAAGAUUGA